UGCCACUACCCCCACCCAUCCACGAGUGGCACAUGGAGUUGGCUCCAGCCCGGCACUUUCGAUGCAACUAACUGACUGGGGGUCGCUUCUCACUGUGAAAAUGUAACUGUCAAAGCGUAAUUUUCUUUUUUAGCGCAGAAUUCCAGUUUCGAUCUGCCCCCUAUAAUGUUGAAUAUCCCACAGUUAGAAGACCCUGUUAGAUCAUACCUAGAAUUACGUCGAAUUUUCCGCUCCUCCUGGGGGAUCAUGUCCUUGGAUCUCUAUAUUAUGAAUCCUACUUGAUCGAGUCAAGCCUACGCUUCACCAUGGUAGAAUUCAAGGGCCGUAGCGAACAAAUCUUUGUCGUCACCAUUAUCUUUCUGGGAAUUUCGUUCAUCUCCGUCUGUCUACGAUGUUUUGUCCGGUUGAGGCUAGUGAGAGCCUUCGGGUGGGAUGACACUCUGAUGGUGUUCGCAAUGGCACUGAAUAUAUUGUUCGCAUUAUGCGGGAUAACAGGAGCGUGUUAUGGCAUAGGUCGAAAGCGUAAGGACCUCGAGGAGGAUCAUAUUGAGGCCGCAUUGUUUUGGUGGUGGCUCGGUCAGACAAGCUAUGUCUUCACCUGCGUGGUCGCCAAGGUUUCUAUCGCACUGGCACUCCUUCGUCUCACAGUCGCCAAGCUCCACUCGAUACUUCUCUGGGUCGUCAUUGCCAUCUCGAUUAUCGUGGGGCUUGUGUUUUGGUUCAUGUUGACGCUGCAAUGUCAACCGGUGUCGCAUUUCUGGCAGCGAACCAAGCCUGGAACUUGUAUGGAUACAGGCUCCCUCGUUAAUAUCGCCUACGUUUACAGCGUCUUUGCCACGAUCUGUGACUUUAUUCUGGGUCUGCUACCCAUCGCCCUGGUGUGGAACCUGCAAAUGAAUACGAAGACAAAGGCUGCUUUGGCCGGUAUCCUCAGCUUAGGUUGCAUUGCGAGCGCUGCCGUUAUAAUUCGCAUUCCCUACCUUCAUCACUAUAAAGAUAUCGAAUUCCUCUAUGCAACCGCCGAUAUCUCAAUAUGGUCCAAUGUUGAAGCUGGGCUCGGUAUAACUGCAGGAAGUCUUGUUACCCUCCGCCCACUCUUCCGCUGGUUUCGAGGAACUAGCUAUGGCGCCACUCAUAGCGUAAAAAGGACAACCGGUAGCGUCCCUCUAUCGAGCAUGAACGGCAAUGGGACACUGCGGUCAAAAAAUGAUCGUGCGGCGACAAGGUUCUGGAGGCCAGAUAUCGAUCCUGAAGAUUCCCGUGCGAUUGUCACCACGAUCCAAACAUCUCGGAGUGGAAAUAGCAGCCAGGAGGACUUGAAUCCCCGGCAGCAUCCUAUGAAUGGUGUCAACGUGCACAAAUCAUUCCAUGUAACAUCUGACGAAAUGUAGUAUAUUAUAAUAGAAAAUAUUACGCCAUUAGAUUCAAGAAAAAAAAAGUAGGCAAAAAAAGGAAGACACCAGUUGAAUUCUAUUCCUAUCUAUAGAUCCUAAUUGAAACGAUAGCAUAUCAUUUAAUGAUGAGAUUGCGUACAGUUAGAACAAGCCGAUAGGCUUUGAUUGCUAGAUAGGACUUCCGGGCUAGCCCAAGUAGCUACUAGCAUCGGAUUGGAAAAUGUCGGUUCCGUACAUGGCACGUGGCGUCAGCCAAUCGAGAACGCGCAACGACGGACCUUGGGUUAAG